AUGCCCACCCGAAGGAAAAAUGUGGAUUUGAAUCGAAUCAAACGUUCAGCUAAGCGUGGGAAACUUGGCGAAUAUUUAUCCUCUUCUUACGUGCAAUAUUUGUUCAUCUUCUUGAUAUGGGGAGCAUUAUUAUUAAUCAACCAGUCAACCGAGAUGCGAUUUGAGUACUUCUGGCCCGGUUGGCUCUUCAUCUGUUCAAUACACGAUUCUAUGAAGUACCAGGGCUUGGUAAUAUCACGAUUUUCCCUUAACUUCCUGCCAGCAAUACACAGUGGUGUUCAUCAUUAUUGUGAUUACGGUGGACCUCAUCUGCUUCUUCCUUUUUCCCGCCUCCUUGAUCUACUCAUGCGGGAGCGCAUACGUCUGGACCAAGGAUUGUGCUUUCUCACUCUUACCUUCUGCUUCGUGUUCGUCUAUUUUGAGCUGGGAUUUUACUCUAGAGAGGCCAAACUCAGCCAUAGCAUUUAUCUUUUCCGUCCAUUUGCUGCACAUAGCAUUGGAUACCCAGUAGUUUGUAUGGGUUUUUCUAUUAAGCGAUAUCUGGACAUACGUCAUAGAAAGGUAAUAUUGUUCAGUUCUUUUGAACAACCAUGUUUGUAG